UUUGCUGGCUGGUGUGACAAGAUCCAGGGUAAGACGAUUCCCAUCAACCAAGCCCGGCCCAACCGCAACCUGACCUUCACUAAGAAAGAGCCUCUGGGUGUGUGUGCCAUAGUCAUCCCGUGGAACUACCCUCUCAUGAUGCUGGCGUGGAAGAGUGCAGCUUGCCUGGCAGCUGGAAACACGCUGGUUCUCAAACCUGCACAGGUCACUCCACUGACGGCACUAAAGUUUGCUGAGCUUUCAGUGAAGGCAGGCAUCCCAAAAGGAGUCAUCAAUAUUUUACCAGGCUCUGGUGGCGUGGUUGGACAGCGUCUGUCCGAGCACCCAGACAUCCGCAAGCUGGGCUUCACCGGCUCUACGCCUAUCGGCAAACAGAUCAUGAAGAGCUGUGCAGUCAGUAAUCUGAAGAAAGUUUCUCUGGAGCUCGGGGGGAAGUCCCCCCUCCUCAUCUUCAGUGACUGCGACAUGGAUAAGGCUGUUCGCAUGGGCAUGAGCUCGGUGUUUUUCAACAAGGGCGAGAACUGCAUCGCUGCCGGCCGUCUCUUUGUGGAGGAGUCCAUACACGACGAGUUCAUUGACCGAGUGGUGGAGGAGAUCAAGAAGAUGAAGAUCGGAGACCCCCUGGAUCGCUCCACAGACCACGGCCCACAGAACCACAAAGCCCACUUGGACAAGCUGCUGGAGUACUGUGAGAUCGGGGUGAAGGAGGGAGCCACACUGGUGUACGGAGGCACACGGGUCGACAGGCCAGGUUUCUUCAUGGAGCCCGUGUUCACUGAUGUGGAGGACCACAUGUUCCUCGAAGAAGAGUCCUUUGGUCCCGUCAUGGUGGUGUCCAAAUUUAAGGACGGAGAUGUGGACGGCGUGCUGCAGAGAGCCAAUGACACGGAGUACGGUCUGGCUUCAGGCGUGUUCACGCGCGACAUUAACAAGGCCAUGUAUGUGAGCGAGCGGCUGGAGGCUGGAACCGUGUUUGUGAACACCUACAACAAGACUGAUGUUGCCACCUUUUGGGGUUUCAAGCAGUCAGGCUUUGGCAAAGACCUCGGUGAGGAUGCUCUCAUGGAAUAUCUCAAGACCAAAGCAGUGACAGUGGAAUACUGAGGCUCACAAUCUCCCAAUGAACUCUGAACAAGAACAGGAACUCAGUGUGUGUGUGUGUGUGUGCAAAUGGUUCAGAGCAUGUGUACUGUAUGAGUGAUGGGGGAAAGCUUGGUUGACCUUGAGGUGGACAACAUGCCUUCUUUGUUUUGCAGCCAUGUUUCCACAGCUGGUCCCUGAGGAGCCGAGCUGCUCCUGGCUGUACUUUUAAAGAUGUAAAAAUAAUUAGCACAGCAAAAAAUCUAAACACUAUCAGUUAUCUUCACUGAUUCGUCCAAACGUCAUGCUGCCUUCUUCAUCCCUUUAAGACCUUUUUAAAAUGUUUUUUACCUUUCUCUGGUUUUUCAUUCUUGGAUCACCUGAUCUGUGUACUGCCAUCAGGGUGCCGUGUGUGCUGGAUGCCUUUCGGCUCACGUUUACUCACCCACGAAUACUGCAGCUUUGUGUAGGCUGCAAACAAAAUAGCAAUAUUAAACAUCCACACUGGUCCGAAAAAUGGGGAUGUUUGAGUCUAGAAAGCAGCAUUAAAAUAGCUUUACAAAUUUUCAGGAAGCUUCCUGAUCAGCGGUGCUCAGCACACAGUUCUGGAACAAGGCU